AAAUUCUAAAGAAAACUAUGCAUAACUUUCUUCCAAAGUACAUUUGUUAAGCAGAUAAAGGUAAACUAUACAAAAAUUACCGGAACACAGUACACAAAAAUGCAUGUUUUUUAUUGCUAAAUGCUGUAUCUAAAUUCUACAAGUGGAAAAUCUGACACACAUUCCCGCAUUAAAACGUGGCAAACAUCCGAAUUGGCAUACGAUGAACUCACAAAGCGCAAAGCUCAGAAAUUCGUGGUUUGCUUGUGCAUGACCUCCUAAUGAAAAUCUUGAUUCAUUCGUAAACCAUCACUUAUGCAAUCACAUCUCAUGGAACUGCCCGAAAAGGCUAUUAUGGCCGAUAGCCCCAUUAUUCAUUGACGAUUGAUAACAUUUUAGUAGCUUGUUUUGUUAUAUUAGUGCUUUACUCUCCAGUCUCAGCACACAGAAUGUUCAGUCGUUUGGUCUAAUUCUGUAAUGUUUUGAUUCAUUGUGUGUAUUCCAGAGUCAUUCUAAAGUUCGAAACGAUUAUGUGAAAAAAUAUUUCACAAAUUAGUCACGUGAGAGAUCAUCUAUAUUAUCAAGAUUUCAAAAGAAGUAUAAUGCUCAAGAAAUGUUUCAUAUCUUAAAAAGGACAAUAUGGCUCCCUCAAAAACACAAAAAAAGAGAAAACCCGUCGUAUCGAAGUAGCAGAUGAGUGACUUGCAAUAAUUCAACCAAUAAAUCAGAGAUUGGUAUGUAUCAGUAAGAAACAGCCUAAACUUACUGCAGCACGUGUUGAACUUUUGUAUCAAACAGGACUUUAAUUUGAAUAAAAGCCCAGAAACUUUGAAAAAUACAGAGCUUUUCCUUCGUUGUGCGACUGAUCUCUCCGAAAGUAAGUAAAGGCAUUAAAAUAUUAUUCAAGAAAUGCUUUCAUCCGAAUUUAACAUAAUAUCUAGUUGCACAUAUCCAAAUUCAAAUGAAAACAGAACCGCAAAAGAUAGGAAGAAAUAAGCAUAUACAAAAUCAAUAAUAACGAAACAUAGAAUCAGCAAAAAAAGUGGAUUCAUACGUAAAAUUCCUUCCUUAAAAGUGUCAAAGGUGGACAACAGCCGUUGGAAGAUAGUUUUUCAGUUAUUAGAUCAAACCGAAAAGAAAGUGCAACAUUUUCUCCCGUUUCCUAAGAAAACAUUUAAUAAUUUCAAGGGGUUUGAUGUUGGCAGUGUAAAAGAAUUUUUGCCUGUAAAGGUACCGGCAUUAGAGGCCUCGGUGUUAGACAAGAAGGUCCUACUUUGCGAAAACAGAGCGAAAUGUUCAUCAAAAUUAAUUUCAAAUUUUGGUACCAUUUCCUCUACUUCGCAUGAACGGUUUCCUUUAAGCAGAUAUUUACGAGAAAGACCAGCCAGAGACAUACUAAAUGAAUUUUAUAGGAAUGCUUUUUUCAACUACAAGAAUCAAAUUGGAGCAAUUCUCAAGAAAUGUGUGAUAUGUUCAGAGAGGACAUCAUCUCGCCCUCUAAAAGGCAAAGGCUCACUCGUUCAAAAAUUCCACAAGUUUACCAACAAAUCAAAAGUAGGAGAGUCGAUUACUCAUGACGGUACCAUUGGCGCACGUGCUGUCACUAGAUCCAAUGGUAUAAAACGUUCUAAGAAUACAAAACUAAGUAUUAAACUCUCGAAUACACACGAAAAUACUCAUCUUAAUAAAAGUCCAGUAAGCUCUAAAAAAAGUGAAACUUUUCCUUUAUCAUCUGAAUACUCAGUCAAAAGUUGCAGGCUAGGUAAUAGAGACUUAAAAAUGAUAUUCAAGAAAAUUUCCUCAUCUCUAAAUUUAUCAGAAGGGUCAGUCACUCAUGCAGGCCUCAAUGAAAACAGGCAGUCUCAACACAGACACGUAGAAAAAACACCAUCAAAAAUGCCAAACGAUGAAGGUGGAGGUUCAUUGGAGAGUGCCUUUAUGUAUAAAAUUCCCUCCAUCAAAAUCUCAAAAGCAGACGGCAACAUCUGGAAGGUAAUUCAGGAUAGACCAUUGGACCAAGCAGCACUAGCCAUGGAAGAAUUUUUAGGGUUUCCUGAAAAAGAAUCAAAUACUUUUACGAGAUUUGAUGCUGCCAAUAAAAACGAAUUUUCUUCUUUAAAGGUACAGACAUUGCUAGAAACCUCUGUUUUAGGCAAGAAGGUCCUCCCUAGUGAAAACAUAAAGAAACAGUCAUCAAAAUUAAUUUCAAAUUUUGAAAGAAUUUCCUCUACUUCGCAUGUACAUAAUGUACAAUCUCCUUCAAGCAGACAUUUACGAGAAAGGCCAGCCAGAGAAACACUAACAGAAUUUUAUGGGAGUGAUUUCUGUGAUAUCAAGAUUCCGAUAAAUGUAGCCCUCAAGAGGUGUGUGGUAGCUUUAGAAAGGGUACCAUCUCUUCCUCCAGAAGAUAGAGGAAUAGUUACGCAAGUGUUUGACACUUUUAACACGAAACCUAUUUCAUCAAAAUCAGACAAAUCGUCCUCUUACGGUUUAUGUGACAAAUCAGUAAUGAGUGAAUUCAACAGUGUAACGCGUCCUAAACAUACUGUAUCGCUCUUUAAACUCUCAAAUAAAUCUGAGAGAAUUAAUCUAGGUGAAAAGCCUAUGAGCUUUAAACAAUCCAUUCCUUUGCCUUUAUCAUCUGAAAACUCUGCCCAGCAAAGUAACAAAGACAGUAACAUAUUAUUCAAAGACACAUUUCCUUUCCUGAAUUUAUCAGAAAAGCUUGUCACAGAUGCAGGCUUUACUGAUAGCAGGCAAUCUCAGAACAUAGAGAAGAGUAAAUGCACACCAUCAAUAAUACCAGAAGAUAUAAGCAGCAUUAAGAGUCCAUGCGUGUAUAAAAUUCCCUCCAUCACAAUCUCGAAAGCAGAAGACAACAUUUGGAGGGUACUUCAAGAUCGACCAUCGGAUUCAGCUGUAUCGGGAAUGGAGUCAAACAAUUAUGAAGAAUAUUAUGAUGUUGCCAGUAUAAAUGAGGUUUCCUUUGAGAGGGUACCAAAGGUGUUAGCAGCCUUGGGUUUAGGCCGCAAAGUCGUCCCUCGUGAAAAUAUAGAGGAACGGUCACUAAAAUUAACUUCCACUCUCGAUAAUGAAGCUUCCAAUGAAGGUAAAGAAAGCCACGGACAAUCUGCAAGUAGAAAUUUGUAUGAAAGAUCCAACAGAGAUUCAAGAACAGAAUAUUGCAGGAAUAUCAAGACUCCCAAUGAGAUCACUUCUCUUUCAAAAAGAAAAUCUGAUUCUAGCCUCUCGAAAAAAGCUACAUAUCUAGAGCGACGCAAUUCAAGCAAGAUCAAAAGUGCGUUGGAAAUGCAAAAUAUGAACCCGAAAACAAGUAAAAUCAUUAAUGAUUCGAAGUUAGAUCGAGAAAUGGAUGAAAUACUGGCAACUAUGUUUUUCUGGAGGGCAUGAUAGUAGUACAGAAGAUUUUAGAAAUUUAAAAUUAAGACGGCCCAUUAUACGUGACACGUCCCUAAAUUGCCCUAAAUUCCGUUGGUAGAGUUGGAGCAACACUCUUCGUUGAAGUUCAUCAUUCGUAUAAGCUGACUGUAAAAUUUAAUAAAAUUUCAUGAUUAAAAAA